AUGCCUCUCAUCACUCCAGCUAUGCGUCGUGCGCCACCUCAACCCCCCACCAGCAGCCCCGCUGUCGGCUCCUCAAGCACCGCAACUUUAGGUCCGCAAUCACUCCCUCCGCUUCCUACGAUACCUCUAACACCCGAGACGUUAGGCAAGAUCAAGGAACCGGUAAAGAGAAUCGCAAGCGAAGAAGACGUAGAGAAAUGGAAGCAAUCCACCUCAUACUCCACCUACCUCUUAUUCCUCCAGCGGGUAGCUGAGGCUUGUGUUGGCAAAUAUGCUCGCUUACCCCCUCCCCCCUCACCUUCCUCUACCGCCACAAACCCAUUCGAGAAACUUAUACAGCUGCUACACGAGCUCAACUCAUGGACAGAUAACAUUGAGCCUCAGGCAAAACCACAACGAUUCGGCAACCUAGCGUUUCGGGAUUGGGGCCAACGCCUCUCAGACCGGAUAGAUAGACUGCAUGAGGAGCUACUGCCGGAAAGAUUGCAUGCGUUUGUACCGGAAUUGAAGGGGUAUUUGGGGGAUGCCUGGGGGAGUUUUACGAGGAUCGAUUAUGGGAGUGGACAUGAGUUGGCGUUUUUUGCUUGGGUUGGGUUUCUCUAUAGACUUGGAUUCUUUACAGAGGUGGGAAAGGGGGAGGAGGAGGGAGAGACGAUAGCAGAUGAAGCAGUGGAAGAAAGGAUAGGACUCGAGAUCUUUCCCCUCUACCUCCUCGUCGUUUGGCGAUUACAGGAUCGGUACGGGUUGGAACCAGCAGGAUCUCACGGAGUUUGGGGUUUAGACGAUUUCCAAUUUCUGCCUUAUGUCCUUGGUGCUGCGCAACUUCGCACUCAAUCUUCACUCCGCCCCUCACAAAUAGUACCGCUUUCUUCCCACCCCUCAAUUCUCAACGGACAGCUUGGCAGCAAAAGGGAUCCAGAGAGGCUUAUUUCUGCCCCUCUUACCCUACCCACCUCUCUCCUCGUCGAAGGAGGAGAAAGAGUGGUGAUACCGAAUCUAUACCUCACCUCACUACUCCGCAUUCAGGUACUAAAAAGAGGACCAUUCCACGAACACAGCCCAUUGUUACACGAUAUCGCUACGACGGUGCCGAAUUGGGUUAAGGUGUAUGGCGGGAUGGUGAAGAUGUACUGUGCGGAAUGUUUAGGGAAGAAGGUUGUUGUUCAGCAUUUCUCCUUUGGAGGAACUGGCUAUGUAUGGGAGGAUAGGCCAAUAGUGGUGAAUGCAGGGGUUGCGUUAGAGGUGGGUGGAGCAGGGGGAGGAGGAGGGAGGGGUAUGGCAUUAGGCGGAACGCGGGGAAAUAUGGGUAGUAUGGGGAUCCCAACUGCUCGAGUCACGACGACUUUGAGAGGUGGGAUUGGCGGCUUGCCGGGGAGUAUGUGCCCAGGGAGGAUACCGGGAGGAGGAGGGGAAGGAAGGAGAGAUGGUGCAUUGGGUCAUGCUCUGGGGUUAGGGCCAAGAGUUGGCAGAGGAGGGGGGUUGGGGACGAUGCCUGCUACAAGAGCACCUGGGGUGCAGAUGAGUGCCGUUCCGCCUUUGCGGACUCGGGCUCCAGCUGCAUCGCCGUCUUCAGCUCAAGCGACUUCUAGCGAUGAAGGCAAGGUCGACGAUGAAGGGAAGCAGGAUUCGUGA